AUGCGAGUGUACACGCUCGACAGUGUUACCAUCGCUGCCAUUAUGGCGUGCGUCAACACUUCAACAGUUAUGUCCACGGCUGUCGCCAACUCACCUUUGGCUUCGCCUGACACUGCCCACGACCCCGUUCACGCUGCUAGGGUGUUAAGGUCUACCAGACUUGCGGACGAUGAACAAAGAUCGGGGGCGGGGCCUAUGCCGGUGAUUUUAUCCGUGGAAGAUAGCGCUCCUCAAUUAAGCAAGCAGCUCAUUUCCACGAUUUCUUCACACUUGAUCAGGGAUGGUCCGAAGCAUCAGUGGGGCGAAAUGCCUGUUUCUCACGCGGUUCGUUCAAAGUCUGCAAUGCGGAUAUCUCCUGGUGUGGCUUUGGAAAAGUCUACAGUUCAAGACUUGAUACAUCCCAAUCAAGUCCUUGAGGUGGCGGAUAGUGCAGGGAAACUUGUACGUUUUGGUAAGAAAACUCGCGAUAUCAAGAUGGGUAAAAAGGGGCUACGUUACCUGUCGGAGCAUUGGGCGACGAAGCAACUAAGCGUAAAUGAUGUUGUAGCGGAUCUUAAACUGACCAACGCAGAACUCAACUUUAAUCGGAUCAAGGCGCUCGAGGACUUUGUCGAGUACAUUUUCGGGGUUGAAAAGCGCGAUACAGAGCUGGUGCAGGCGCUGAAGGCAACAUACGGCGAAAGCCAAUUGUCCUUCCUUCUGACCCGCAGUUUGGUGAGAAAACGAAACGAGGACUAUGCACUAAAACUGCUGGCCGGGGUGAUGACUACCUGGAUGAAUCGUGGAUUUACCGUAGAGAAAGUGGCCGGCAUGCUGCACGACACGAAAGAAAUUCACUUUUCUUUGGUGGCCCAGAAGCUGGCAACCCAUCCCAUAUUGGCGUCCACAGAGCAAGAUACUGAUUUGCAAACACUGAAGCUGUACAACGGGGUGUGCAGCCAUUUGCGACCCAGAUUGGCGAUCAAGGAAAUCAUUUGA